CCGUUACACAGAAACCGAAGGUUCUGGUAGCAAGACAAGUUCCCGAAUAAUCGUCAAUUGACGGGAAUCCUCAAACUAAUAAAACCCCCAAAAUAUCACAAGCAUCUUCAUAGUUUUUCUCAAGGUUUUGGUAUCCGGUUCAUCAAUUUCUCUCGAGGUUUUGGUAUCUGCUUCAAAUUUUCUCAAGGUUUUGAUAUCUAAUUCUCGAGGCCGUCAGUUGCAGCGAAGUGAGACAUUUAAUUGAUUUUUCUGUACUGAUCUUAAAGAAGUUUUUAAUGGCGGAUGGCGAACCAGUGGAGCCGAGCCUGAAGAAACUGAAGCGAUUGCCUCACAUAUUUUCACAAGUUUUGGAACUUCCUGUGGCUGGAGAUGCUGCCGUAGAAAGCGAGGAGACUGAGACGGCUUUCGAGUUCGUGAUUUCGGGUCCUCAGUUUGUAGUCUUUGAUAAAGUGAAAGUGGAGGUUGUCGGAAUCGUACCCGGGGCGAAGAAAGUUAUUCUGAGAGGCGUACAGGAGCAGCCGGUGCGCGUCUCUGAUGAUCUGGACACCUGGCGGUUCCGGCUUCCGCCCUCCGCUAACCCUGACGCAACUUGGGCGCACUAUCAGGAUGGUGUUUUGACAGUGAUCGUUCCUAAAGUGCAAAGUUGCAAGGACGAUAGUCUGUGCGCUGUGAAGGAGGAGAGCAGCGCUGUGUCUAGUGCCGUCAAGGGCGCCUGCGCCAUUACUGUGUUUUAGCCCCCUCUUAGUGAGUCAUUUCAAUGAUAUUUCUAAUAUCAUAAUGAAUUGAAAAGAGUCGUUUUUGAAAAAAAAUUGUGCUUUUCUUUUGUGUUGUUCGUAUCAAUGUUAAAGAUCAUUUUCCAUGAUCUGUAUCUUGAAUGGAAGCAAAUUGUGAAUUGUGGGAUAUUGUACAGAGGACCUUGGAUCUAAGGAAAAGAAAAAUUGUGUCGUUUGAGAGAAAUCCAUUUUGUUAAUGCCAUUGUUACUAUUUUAUGCA